AUGUAUUAUAGACAGAACAUCUGCGGGAUCAACAGCAACAUUGAUGCUGUUCAUCACUACCUGCAACCCAAUCGUCCCGCCGUGCUUUUCUUGGCGGAAACAAAAAUCUCAGAGUCUGCACCGAUUAACCACCUUAACUUCCCAGACUACGAGAACGGGGGAGUUGUGGCUUUUGUCCGCAGCAGUCUUUCCUGCUUCAGGGAUCUUUCUUUGGAAUCAGACCGGAAGGACAUUCUGUGGCUUCGCCUCAACUCCAAAACAUCACCCAAAUUUAUUUGCUGCCUUUAUCGCACUCCCUCGAACCAUAACUGGGAUGACCUACUCGAGUACCUCGCCGUCCAGAUCGACUUCCUGAACAUCAAUCACCCCGCUUCAGAGGUAGUCCUUCUCGAUGAUUUCAAUGCUCAUAAUGAGCUUUGGUUGGGCUCAAAUAAGACCGAUGCAGCAGGUCGUGCAGUCGAAGCGUUCGCUCUUACUCAAGGGCUGACCCAGCUGGUGACGAGCACUACUUUUUUCCCCCGCGUCUCGUCACACGCCAGUAGCCUGCUGGAUCUCCUUCUGACCACGCAUCCUGACCCUUACAGCACUGCUGUCCUGUCCCCCCUGGGUAACUCGGACUACGAACCCGCUGUGGCAGCAGAAACUCGUACAGGCCGCAAAACUUGGCAUCACGGACAUGCCGACUGGGAGGGGCUCAGAGACUUCUCCUCUAGCUUUUCUUGCAGAGAUGACUGUUUCACUGACGCGGAUGCGUCGACUGUCUUGAAAGUGCCUAGACCAGGAUCCAACGGCUGGUUUAACAAAUCGUGUGACGCUGCUCGCCAUCAGAAGAUCAAGGCACACAGAACCUUCUUGCAAAACCCCACUGCAGAGAACAGACAAGCCGACCAUGAUAUAAAAGUUAGGCACAGGGUAAUGUCGCAGCGCAAUGGCAGUCGGUCUUUCUGGACGCUGGCAAAGCAGAUUGAAAAGAACUUCUCACACAGUAACCUUCCACCACUUACGGCGGAAGUGCUAGCCAAGAUCUUUGCUGCCAACUCCACCAUGGACGUCCCCCCCAACGCCCAAGUGCCGUCCUACACUAUGCGGGAGGUAACAUUUAGGCAUAAAACCGUAAGACGAGUGCUCUUGUCGCUCGACAUCAACAAAGCUUCUGGUCCGGACUUGAUUCCUGCCAUUGUACUCAAGAGAUGUGCAGCGGAGCUUGAUCCAGUUCCUUCGCGUCCCUUCCAGAUAUCUUAUAAAUCCGGCACCUUCCCAGAAAACUGGAAAUUUGCUCAUGUACAGCCCAUCCCAAAAAAAGGAUCUAAGACCGACCCUUACAACUACAGGCCUAUAGCUCUGCUUUCUGUUAUAAGUAAAGUGAUGGAGAGGUGCAUAAAUCGCGAGCUUCUGGACUACCUCGAACGUCACAGCUUGAUUAGCGACAGGCAGUACGGUUUCCGGCACCAACGAUCCACAGGGGACCUCCUAGCUUACGUCACGCAACUGUGGAGUAAACUCAUCCAGUCUCAUUGUGAGGCUCAUGUCCGUUCGAUCAGUUGUGGCCUCCCAGAAAAGCUUUGCAGAUGGGUGGCUGACUUUAUCUCUGGCCGCAAGAUAUCCGUCGUAAUUGACGGAUUCUCCUCUUCAUCCCACAACGUCAACGCGGGAGUUCCCCAGGGAUCGGUCUUGGCUCCAACACUGUUUCUCUUACAUAUCAACGACCUCCUUUCCUGCACGAUCAACCCAAUCCACAGCUUCGCUGAUGACAGCACUCUACAUGCAGGAAUUCAGAGUGGCAAGCCGAUCUCUGCCGCUGAGCUGGAAAAAAGAAGACUAGCGAUGACUUCUUCUCUGACAAGAGACCUGGAGACUAUCACUGCUUGGGGACGCAACAAUCUUGUACAGUUCAAUGCUUCCAAAACAGAUUACUGUACUUUGACGAAAAAAAAGCGUCCUAGCGCUCGUACAGUUUCGAUGGACGGCCGAGUUCUACCAAAGAGCCAUUCAUUUCGGUUGGUCGGAGUCCAGAUCGCCGAGGACCUGAUCUGGCACGAACACAACUCUUCAAUAGCUGCAGCUGCUGGGAAAAAGCUAGGCUAUUUGUUUAGGGCUAAGAAGUACUUUUCUCCGCAUGACCUUCUCACUCUAUACAAGGCCCAGAUAAGGCCUAGCCUCGAGUAUUGCUCACACAUUUGGGGUGCUGCCGCCCCGACUACAUUAUCCAUGCUCGAUGCUGUCCAGAGGAGGGCGGUCCGACUGAUCGAUGACUCUUCUCUAACAGACAGACUCGGGACUCUUUCGCACCGGCGGGCCGUCGGCGAUCUAGCUCUUUUCUAUCGCUACACCAACGGGCUUUGCUCCUCAGAGCUCUCUUCCAUGAUGCCGCCGCGCGAUGUGCCUGCCAGACAGACCCGCCUGACUUCGGCGUCCCAUCCUAACCGUGUCAAACUUCGUACAUCCAGAACUGGCCGAUACGACCGCUCCUUUGUCCCGAGGGUGUCUAGAUUGUGGAACAAUCUACGGGAGGAAGCUUUUCCCAGUUCUACUAACCUUAGGCAGUUCAAAAAUCGUAUCAACAAAAUUUCUUUGGGAUCAUCAUCGCAGCCGCGAAAAAUGGAACUCAACCGAGAACAUUUUCGCGCCAUAAUUUAUAACAACUUUCAGAGACAAUUAUCGCAACAAGAAUACCUUGCUGAGUUUCUGUCUGUUUUCGGCAACGAAGCCCCACAUCAGCCGACAAUUUCCUGUUGGUAUGGAGAAUUCAAACGUGGACGGGUGAGUCUUAGCGACGAUCUAAGGGUGGGUGCACCAAAAACGGCAGUCACAAAAGAAAACGUUGAUGCUGUGCGCAAACUCAUCAUUGAAGAUAGUCAUGUGACAUAUCGCGAGAUUGAGGAGUCCUUGAAGAUUUCAAAGACCUCAAUUCAAAAAAUUUUACAUGAAGAAUUAGGAGUAAGAAAAUUAGUUUCUCGUUGGAUACCCCACCUGUUGACUGAAGAGCAGAAAGCCUACAGCAUUGUUAGUGGUGAUGAAUGGUGGAUUUACUGUUAUGAACCAGGAAAUAAACGACAGUCGGCUGUUUGGGUGUUCCAAGGUGAAGAGAAGCCAACAAAAGUCAUCCGUUCUCGAAGUGUUUCGAAAAAGAUGGUCGCGACAUUUGUGUCAAAAGCGGGUCAUAUUGCAACAAUUCCUCUUAAUGAGCAAAGAACUGUUACUGCGGAUUGGUAUACCACCAUUUGUUUGCCAAAAGUCAUCACCGAACUUCGAAAAAUCAACCCCGAAAGAAGAAUCAUCCUCCACCAAGACAAUGCAAGCUCGCACACAGCCCAAAAAACAAGGCAGUAUUUAACGGAAGAAAACGUUCCUGAUCUAAGUCCUAACGAUUUCUUUACUUUCCCAAAAAUUAAAAACAGACUGCGUGGUCAAAGGUUCCAGUCACAAGAAGAAGCAGUUGACGCAUUCAAAAAUGCCGUUUUGGAUCUGUCAGCAAACGAGUGGAUUAAGUGCUUCGAAAAUUGGUUCGAGCGCAUGCAGAUGUGUAUUAAUCUUCGUGGAGAAUACUUCGAAAAACGAUAA